AUGGUGAAAGCAUCGGACUUUAAAGCAAUUCAAGGGUUAAUUCGAUUGCAUUACACACGGGUCAACCCUGUCACCAUUACCCGCUCAAACCCAUCGGCUUUGUCUUCUCCAGCUAUUCCCUCGAAUGGUGUUUCCCAGCUUCAGUCUAGGUUUAGCUUCCAUAGCUUAUCCUCGAAACCCACUUAUACAAACGUAGGGUUAUCUCAGAUUCUGUCCUCUCCUAAGCUCAGUCCAAAGCUGCAGGCUUUGGGUUUGCCUCGUUUGAAUUUGAGUUUUGCAUCGGCGUUUAGAUUGGUAUCCACUAAGAGCACUGGAUUCCGAAAGGUUGAUGGGAAUUUUGCGAGGAAGGUUGUUGAGAAGCCUGUUAAAGCUGUUAGUUCUACUUUUGCUAGAUACCGUGAGGCUAUAGGGUUGCACAUUGAUGGGUUUUGGAAAAAGAAUAGUCUUUUUGUGUUUGGAGCUGGAGGGGUUUUCGUGUGUAUUUUUCUUUGGAGGAUUAUGUUUGGAAUUGCUAGUACAUUUGUUGGCCUCUCAGAGGGCAUGGCCAAGUAUGGGUUUCUAGCACUCUCCUCUGCCAUCGUAGCAUUUUCUGGACUAUACCUACGCGCAAGGUUCACAAUUAACCCCGAUAAAGUUUAUAGAAUGACCAUGAGGAAGAUCAAUACGGCAGCUGAAAUUCUUGAAGUUAUGGGUGCUCCUCUGUCAGGAUCAGAUUUACGAGCUUAUGUGAUGUCAGGUGGUGGCUUAACAUUUAAGAAAUUCAAGCCAACAAUAAGGAGCAAGCGCUGCUUUCUCCUAUUCCCCGUUCAGGGUUCUGAGAGAAAGGGUCUUGUUAGCGUUGAAGUUAAGAAGAAGAAAGGCCAGUAUGACAUGAAGCUUUUGGCGGUAGAUAUUCCAAUGGCGUCUGGUCCAGACCAACGGUUAUUUCUUAUAGGCGAUGAAGAAGAGUACAGAGUUGGUGGUGGUUUAAUCUCUGUGUUAAGAGACCCUGUUGUGAAAGCCAUGGCAGCAACUAAGGAGUUCGAUAAUCUUGAUAGAAUUGAGGAGGAAGAAGACGCUGAAAGAGAACUUCAAGAAGCCGAACGAAAGCACCGUGAAGAGAUCGAGAAGCUCGAGAAAGAGGGCUCAUAAUUCAUAUUUUUUCUUCCCCAGAAAACUUGAAAACGUUUCUUAUUUACUGGAUAUAAAAACAACACCCGUUUUUUUUGUUGUUGCUAACUUUCGAGAAAUAAUUUUCCCUGGCUAUGUUUAUCAGAGGAUGCUAUUAUGAUUA